AUGCCUUUGGCUGUCGAUCUAUUGAAUCCCUCUGCAGAACACGAGCGCAAGCAGCACAAACUCAAGCGUCUCGUGCAAUCGCCCAAUUCUUAUUUCAUGGAUGUAAAAUGCCCAGGAUGCUUUGCUAUUACUACUGUAUUCUCCCACGCACAAUCAGUCGUGCUUUGCGGCUCGUGUGCGAGUGUCCUCUGCCAACCUACGGGUGGUAAGGCGAGACUGACCGAGGGUAGUUCAUUCCGUCGGAAGAACUAG